AUGGCUCAACUCCACCACGCCGUCGCCUCCCGGGCUCUCCCGGCUCCUCUACAGCAAGCCCUGUUCCCGGGGGUCUCAUCGGCCGUUCAUUUCUAUCAAAACAAACAGCUUGAAGCCUAUGCUGCUAAGCCGGCCACGCGAUUGACACUGCGACAACUGGUCUUCUUCGGGAAGUCUAUGAACGAGGACAGGUUGAUUAAGAGCGCGAAUUAUGUGCGGACAGAGCUCCCCAUCCGAAUUGCCCACAGACUGCGAGACAUGCAAGCGCUGCCAUAUGCAGUCGUGACGCAAGAAGGUGUGGAUACCGUGUACGAGUUAUACCGGAGCGCGUUCGACAAGUUUCGCCGAUAUCCUCAAAUCACUACGCUUGCGGAGAAUGACGCAUUCUGCGAGUUCUUGCGGAGAAUUCUAACGGAGCACAAAUCCGUAAUCCCAAACCUCUCUUUGGGCAUGUCGCUGUCAUCACCAUACCUUCAGCCAGACCGAUUGGAUUCAUUCAUGCGCCGCAUGCUGGUCUCACGAAUAUCACGCCGCGUGUUGGCGGAACAUCAUAUUGUACUCACCCAGUCUGUCCGUGAGCGGGACGAGUCAUCACCGUCAAGAGACAAUGUAGGCGUCAUCUGUACACAUUUGAAGGUCAAGGAUUGUAUCCAGAAAUGCACGCGCUAUCUUCAAGACCGUCCACGCGGCAUGGAAGGCAGCAACAGCAAAGUCUCUUGGUCCCAGGUUCUAAUAGACGGCCACCUAGACAUCAAGUUUGCAUACAUCCGAGAACACUUGGAGUAUAUAAUUUAUGAACUUCUCAAGAACUCGUUCAGGGCAACACGUAUGAAACACCCACAUGCGCAGACCCUCCCUCCGAUCCGCGCAACUGUAGUUGCCAGCGACGUUGACGUCUGCAUCCGUAUCUCUGAUCAGGGCGGAGGUCUAGUGUCGCCUAAUAUCAAGUCGCCCUCGGAUCUGUUCUCGUUUUCUCACCUACGGAACGCAAGUAGAUUAACCGAUGCCCGCCUGGGAGCGUUGCGCACCGCCAGUUCCAGCGAUCGUGGCUUGACAGCGACAGUGUCGGAACAAAUCCGAGGUUGGUAUCCCAAACCGACAGGGGACAUGCAUGCGGCGACCCCCCAUCCGCGGAUUGGAAUUGGGCUCCCGAUGAGCAACAUUUACGCGACGUACUUUGGAGGCUCGUUGGAGAUGGUUAGCAUGGACGGAUACGGAACGGACGUCUUUGUUCGGUUACCGAAACUGGGCACGAACCUCGAGGGCAUCGAGCUGUAG